CGGGCCGGGCCGGGAUGGACGCGCUCAAAUCCGCGGGUCGGGCCCUGCUGAGGAGCCCCAGCGUCCACAAACCGUCCUGGGCCGGCGGGCGGCACAAGAAGCUGCCCGAGAACUGGACGGACACGCGGGAGACGCUGCUGGAGGGAAUGCUCUUCAGCCUCAAGUACCUGGGCAUGACCCUGGUGGAGCAGCCCAAGGGAGAGGAGCUCUCUGCAGCCGCUGUCAAAAGGAUCGUGGCCACCGCAAAAGCAAGUGGGAAGAAGCUGCAGAAAGUGACCCUGAAAGUGUCACCCCGCGGGAUCGUGCUGAACGACAGCAGGACCAACGAGCUCAUCGAGAACAUCUCCAUUUACAGGAUUUCCUACUGCACGGCAGACAAGAGCCACGACAAAGUGUUCGCCUACAUCGCCCAGAACCAGCUGAAUGAGAACCUGGAGUGCCACGCCUUCCUGUGCACCAAGCGCAAAAUGGCUCAGGCUGUCACCCUCACCGUGGCCCAGGCCUUCAAAAUCGCCUUCGAGUUCUGGCAGGCCGCAAAGGAAGAGAAGGAGAAGCGGGAAAGGGCCAUCCUGGACGCAGAAGGGACGAGCAGCCCCGGCUCGGAAGCUCCUGCCCGUCCUGUCACACCAGCAGCCACGGGGAACUUGCUGGAUUUGGAGGAUCCUGCCAGGUCCCCCCUGGGCAGCAGCACGGAGUCACCACAGCUGGACAACAGCAGCUUCGGGCCCGGCCCCUCGGUCAACAACAACGUGCUGUGGGAAAUGGAUGAUGGUCUCGACGAGGCGUUUUCAAGGCUGGCCCAGUCCAGGACAAACCCCCAGGUCCUGGACACGGGGCUGACUGCUCAGGACAUCCAGAGUGCAGAGACUCUGUCCCCUGUGGACUGGAACAAAAUCGACCCCGGCAUGGCAGAGAAGGAUGAUCUGUUCAUGUUCUGAGAGAGGAAAAGCCCCCCGAGGCCGUGGCCUGGAUCCUGCUGGAAGCAGGGAACCUUCCAAGGGCUCUGGAGCAGCUCAGAGGAUGUCACAGCCCAGCUUAGACCAAAGCUUCAGAAACCUAACGCGGAUUUUUGUACCUUGCUCUUAGGGAAAGCACGAGAUGCCCUUGGAGGUAUUUAUUCACAGUUUACAGUGCUGCUGGGAGGUGUGGGGAGAACCACGGCGGGAGCUGCAGCAGCGCCUGCUCCUCCUGCAAAAACAGCCCAGCCACCACCACAGCCCCUCUCAGCAUCCCCCACCCAAGGGCUGGGACAUAAUCCAGGGCUCUGGAACAACACAUCACCUGCCUGGGCAGGGAGGGGAUUUGCAGCAGCUGCUGCCAGUGUGAAAUCAAAGAGGGAGCAGAGCUGGAGCUUUUGUGUGAGUGUCUGGGGCACUCUCACGGCUGCCAGUCGCCCUGCGGCUCCCUGCGGGAAUUGAUGCUUUUUUAACCCAAAGACUCUACAAAGUUUUGCACUUUAAAAACUUGAACUGAAAGCAAUGGUCCGAAUUGUCAAGGUAAGCAGUGCCUGGAGCUUCUCUUCAGAAGCAAUUUUACCCAAAAAGAGCCCACCCUGGCCAUGCUGCAGCUCUGGCUCCGAGCUGAGCCCUCACCUCCGGCUCGACUCCGGAUCCUAAAGCUCCCUCUCACCUUUAAAAACAAAACCAGCAGGGAGGAAGGAUUUGUUUUGCUGAAUUCUGCUGGGAAGGGCAGCUUGGGAGGGCCACAGAUCCGUGUUCCCAGCCUGAGCUGCUGGGUUUGGCCGUCCAGGACUUGCUCCUGCCUGGAGCUGCGGGGUUGUUGCUCAGUGGAUGGGAUUGGAAAGGGCAGGAGCGAUACCUGGCUGUGCCCACCCCUCGUCCCUGCCAGCUCCCAGGGGGCUCAGGAAGCUUCAUCUACCCCUGAAACUGAAAAUCAGCAGUGGAGGUGUAAAGCUUAUGCCAAUUAAAAGCUUAAGUUUAAUGAUCCUAAAGAGUCGCACUGACACCUCGCAGUGUUUGUGGCCUUACAUGAAGUGUACUAAUCUGUUUUAUAGAUUUGUAACUUGGGUUUGAAGCACUAAUUCGUUCCCCAGAUAGCUCUUUUAGAACUCCCUUAAAACUGCUCGCAGGGAGGGAAAAAAGCCUUCUCUGUCAGCUGUGAGAAUUCAUUAGGAAGCAGCCGAGUGACUCUGACCAAGAUUUGAGAUCUGUUUUUCCCCCCCAAGCGUGAGUGUGAGAAGGUGUGGAGGACUCGUGGAGCUGACUCAUCUGUGCUCUGUGGAUCCUGCAAAGUGGUGUUUAAAGCAGUUUUAAAGCAGUUUUAAAGCAGUUUUAAAGCAGUUUUAAGCAGUUUUAAGCAGUUUUAAAGCAGUUUUAAAGCAGUUUUAAGCAGUUUUAAAGCAGUUUUGCAUCUCAGGAUGGCUGUGCCCAGGAUUCCCUGGAUGCUGAGUGCAGCAGCAGCCUCCUGGGCUGGCAGGAGCCAGCAGAGCUCGUGCUGCAGAAGCCCAGCAGUGGUUGUAGCCCCCAGGGAGCUCUGAUCUCCGCAGGAAACUGGGAUGGGGUGUGAGGGUUUCUCUGUGCAUUGCCCUCUCUCCUUCCCUAGAGGCUCCAGCAGCAGAUCCUGAAAUCCACAACACUAUCUCUGUGUGUCUAGAGUGGGGUUUGUUUGUUUGUUUUUUGAUGCUGUAAAGAAUAUUCUGUACUGAGGGGAAUAAAAACUCUGCCGGUUUUUGGA